GUCGCAUUACAUAAAGCGGAACUUUUCGAAAGUCGAUGCAGAAGAUAGAGAAACAGGAUAAUAUUAUUAGUGCUUAUUAAUUCAGUUUAACAGUGAGUUAACAUUGUGUAGCUUUCAUUAAACAAUCAUUCGUUUAAACAUGUCUGCUCUGGAUGUUAGCGCAUUUCCAAGCGACUUUGCAUGGGGAGCUUCGACAUCUGCAUAUCAAAUUGAAGGGGGCUGGAAUAUGGAUGGUAAAGGGCCGAGCACAUGGGACACAUUCUGUCAUGCUAAAGGAAAGGUGUUUGAAGACCAGACUGGUGAUGUAGCCUGCAACAGCUAUCAACUUUGGGAAGAGGACCUAAAAUGUAUCCUGCAGCUUGGACUAACACAUUAUCGUCUGUCUAUAUCCUGGGCACGGAUCCUUCCUGACGGCACCACAAAUCAUGUCAAUCUGAAAGGCGUGGAAUACUACAACAAAGUCAUCGAUAAUUUGAUCGCUAGUGAUGUCACCCCUAUGGUCACGUUGUGUCACUUCGACUUACCUCAAGCCUUAGAGGACUGUGGAGGAUGGCAAUCAACAGACAUUGCAGACAUCUUUGAAAAUUAUGCCAGGUUUUGCUUUAAGACUUUUGGGGACAGAGUUAAACUUUGGAUCACAGUAAACGAGCCCUAUGUUUAUGCCAAACUAGGCCAUGAGGAUGGCAUCUUUGCUCCUGGGAUCAAAGAGCCAGGAAUAUCAGCCUACUUGGUGGGUCAUAACAUGCUGCGGGCCCACGCCAAGUCCUGGCAUAGUUAUAAUUCAGAUUUUAGACAUUUACAAGGAGGGCAAGUAUCUAUCGCCCUUAAUAGCGACUGGGCAGAACCAUUGGAUCCUGGCUGUCCUAAAGAUGUCGCAGCCACAGAGCGAUACUUGGCCUUCUCUUUGGGUUGGUUUGCGUGCCCUGUGUUUGGCACGGGAGAUUACCCAGAAUCCAUGAAGUCCAGGAUUGAGGCUAGGAGUUUGGAAUUGGGAUACAACCAGGGCCCACGGCUCCCUCGGUUCUCUAAAGACGAGCCGUCUCCGCUGGGAACAGCUGAUUUCUUUGCACUGAACUACUACACGUCUCGAAAAGUGAAAAAUCUGAAUGGUGCUCGUGAGCUCAGUUUUACUGGUGACGAAGGAGCAGAAGGUGUUACUGAUCCCUCAUGGCCCAUAAGUGGGAUCUACUGGCUGGCUGUUGUCCCUGACGGAUUGCGGAAGUUGUUAAAAUAUAUAAAGGACACUUAUACCAGUCUGCCCAUCUAUAUCACCGAAAAUGGCUUUUCGCAGAGUGGGCCGGUUCAAAAAGAAGAUGAUGACCGGUGUACUUUUUAUCAGGACACACUGCAGGAAGUAGGCAAAGCUAUCAGUCAAGAAGGAGUGAACGUAAAGGGAUAUUUUGCCUGGUCUCUACUGGACAACUUUGAGUGGGCAGAAGGCUUUCGUCUGCGCUUUGGUCUGUUUCACGUGGAUUUCUCCACACCUGAGCUAAAGCGCACAUUUUACCGCUCUGGAAGGGAGUAUGCUGCUGUGAUAUCCAAACAUCACUCACAGACCAAAUCAAAGUUAGUUUAGUACACAUUUAGAAACGAAAUCAAUGAAACAAUGGUGAAAAAAAUGCAAUGGUUUUAAUUUAAAAAGUAUAAUUAUUGUAUUUUGUAACUGUGAUGAUGAUGAUCAAAGAACACUAUGAAGAAAUUUACAUCAUCACAGAAGCAUGAAGCUUCUGGUGUCUGUUUUGUUGGUCUGUACUGCCUCUAUGUGGUCAAAAUUUGGUAUUGCCGGAGUAUCAUGUUGUGGUGGUUUAUUGCCUUGUGCAUUGUUUACAAAUGUGUAACAUGACUCCUACAGUGUCUGUAGGCAUUGCACGGACAUAUUUAUCAUUGCAAAAUGAGAAUGUGCAUGAUAAAAUAAUGUAAUCUUACACCAACCAAUGUAAUGGUCAUGCAGAAUUAUGCUUUAGGUAGAUUGCCCGUGUAAUUACUAUCGGAAAUGGGGUUAUGCUAAACCUAAUCGCCGCCACAAACUGCCAUGUGAGGAAAUGACUGAAGACCGCUUAAUCUCUUUAUUGGUACAUCUACUAGGUUAUAGCUGGCCUCCAUAAAUUCAUAAAGUGAAAUAUGAGAUCACAAAUCUUCAAAAAGAGACACUUUAGCCAUUCUUCAUGGGCCUCAAAAUAUCAUAUAUGGCAUUCUGGUAGCAAUAUUGAAACGCAGCUUGAGAUGAAACAUCACUCAGUUGGAGGUAGGCGUGGGUCAGUUACCGGUCUCAAGGUAUACCGAGGUUUUAAACAGUCAAGGUUUCAAAACCAAUAAAAAGUUCUGUGAUAUCGUUUUUAAGGUAUGAGCUUUGUUUAUACAAAAUUCAAUAUAUCAUUAAGUCAUGUGAUUGAUUUGAUGUUUACAUUUAAUAUACAUUACGAAAAUAUUAUAUAUUUUUUGAAAGCAUAUUAUAAUUUAAAGGCUUUAUUUUUAUCUGGCAUUUGAAAAUAACACAUUUUAGUGUUGCCAUGGCAAUACCGCAACGCCAUGAAACCAUGGUAUUUUGGCUAAAGGUUAUCAUACCGCCAGAAUCUUAUACUGGCCCAUGCCUAGUUGGAGGAGCAUUGAGUAGUGUAAUGAUCAUGGAUAUACUGUAAAGUGUACUUCGAAUGCACUGUAAGUUACUUUGGAUAGCGUUUGCCCAAUGUAUAAAUGUAAAUGUAAUCUUAGAUUUUUAAUAGAUAUGUAAGUGAUUUUAAUUUUUGUUGUUUUAAAUCAAUGUGUGAUGUAUUAACCCGAGUAGGAAGUCUAACCAAUAAAGUUUGAAAAUAAAUAAUGUUACAAGUUAAAAAUCAUAUAAAAGAAUUCACAAAAAAAAUUAUGUCAUACACAAAGUUGCUACUGAGUCAUUUGUCUAAUUUAUUGUAACAUUCCAUCAUUUUCAAUGACGGACAAUUGUACAGAUGACAAAUUAAUAGAGGCACAUUUUUAAUUUGACCCAACUUGUUACAUUUGGACAGAGUUUAUGAAAUAUUCAGCAGCAAGGGAACUCAUUAGCCUAAUAUAAAUUAACUGAAUAAUUUAGUUGCUACUUAACUAUUUCCAAAUCAAUUCUAUUCAAAACUCUGGACUUCAUCC